AUGGCUUUAGGAUGUGAUCAAGGCUGGUUUGGAUCAAAUUGUCAAUUCAAAUGUCACUGUAAACAAUCCAACCUGUGUUCGUACCAAGGAGAGUGUUCUAAUGGAGGCAAAUGUGAUGAAGGAUGGUUCGGCCCGUCUUGUCAGUACUACGACUUGGCCAGGUCACGUGACUUAAAUACAGCUAAAACCACGGACAUCCAGACUGUAACAGAUGGAGAUGACCUAACCUGUCAGCCAGUGGUCAGUAACAUGACCUUUACCUGGACCCACUCUUACCUCAUUACCUGGAUCAGAAUCAUCACAUCUAAUUCAGGUCGAAAUGUUGCACUAAAACAGAUGGCUAAACAGUCGUCCACAUUUGAACACACGGGUUACGACUACACAUUCACGUCCGAAGAUACUCAAGCAAGCAACGCUGUGGAUGGUAACACCAGCCCAAAGUUUUCAGAUAAAAGCUAUGUCCAGUGUGAGAUUGGAAGAUUUGGCCUUGAGUGCAAUAGCACGUGCAACUGUAGAACAGCAGGUGAGGCGUGUGUCGUGUCGACAGGGGCGUGUCCUGCAGGGUGUGCUUUAGGGUUUCACGGUGUUGGCUGCAAUGAAGCCUGUCCACCUACCAUGUGGGAUUAUGAAUGUGCUAGUACAUGCAACAUAAACUGUCUAAACAAGUCAUGUAAUAGCCAGACAGGUCACUGUAUGUAUGGGUGUAUAGACGGUUACACGGGCUUCACGUGUGCUGAAGGUGGUACAUUAAAUAUAAGAGUACGGAGCCAACAUCAAAUGCAACAAAGAUCAACAGGCAAAAAAAUGAUCUUCACAUUAAUGAUGCAGGAAUGUCCAGAGUUUAUAAUCAACCAGAAUUCGAUUACCACGUCUAUGAGAGACCUACAGUUUAACACAGCUGCUUACGUUUAUAUAAUAACUCAACAAACUGUUAAAGAAGUAUGA